AAAGCUAAGGUAGAAAAGUUAUUAGUUCGAGUAAAAGUCGAUAAAAGUCGUGUGCGGUAAAAGGUUACCACAAUACCCUAAAACAGUUUCCAAUCCUCAUCUUUCUCAGAGGUAGAAUAUCGACAUGAACCGUAUUUACUUGCUCUGGGUUCUGUAAUUGUUUCUACAGUUGGGGCUUUAGUACAACUGACACAUUAACUAGAGCACAAGAACGGAUUGCUAGUUUAUUGCUGGUACAGGCUAGCUUUAAUUUAUAUCAGUCUGCAAUGAUUCUUAGUUCCCCGAUUUAGUGCAAACAUGAUAAGUGUCUGGUAAUAUAAUUAUGGCUAAAAUAAGAAAUGAUCAGGCCAUGGUUACCAUUUCAGUGGCUUCAUUUCCAAUUUGCUGCCUAGCACGAGUCAACACUAGUUUCAGAGACUUCCUGUAGUAUGGCAGUCUCCAAGCGUAAACGAAUGCGUCAGAAGCUACCUUAAUAAAUAACAUUUCGUCUGCAAUUGUAAUGGCAGCAGAGAGAUGAAGCGUGUCUUGUGGCGUCUCCAGUUCUGUGUAAAACCAGAUAUUAAGUGUUAUGAUAUGAGCAAGUGUGCAAGCUAUUAGUAUUGCUGAUAAAAGCAAAGUUGCCACCGUAAGUUGUCUCAAGCCUUCAUCGUCUUCAUUUUGGCGAGAUUCUUUGGCAAAUCGGCGAAGUGACCUCAGAAGUAUAGCAGAACCGACGAAAAGCAAGACUGUUAUGACUGUGGCAUGGAAAUGGAGAUCUAUCUGAAGGAGGCUUCUUCGGGGGACUCCGAUGAAUUGCAGAAGAGUGAAACCUGUGAAGUACAGCAUCGAGACACCAACAAAUACGAGGAUCCUGCGCGUUGUAAUGGCCGAGCGGUAACGUUGUGGUUGAGUUAUGGCAAGGAACUGUGACCAAAUGAGAGCGAGAACGAGCAAGAAUGACAAGUUGAGGCCUACGGUGGAAAUAGAACUUCCAGUUCUUAGCAGUCUUACAUAUAAUCGGCCUGGAUACAGUGACCAUUUCAAAUAACAUGCUAGGCGGUAAGUAACGAAGAGAGGCUCGAUAACAAGACCGGUUGUGAAAUCAACACAGGCUAAAGCGAUGAUGAGAUACGAAGCUGGUGUACGGAAGCAUUUGAGAGGAUCUUUGUAAAUAGUCAGUAAUAACAGGAGGUUACUAAUGACUGUUAUCGGCGACAGAAUCACCAGGGAGAUCCCUGUGGCGAGCUGGGUGUAUAGAUAAAACCUUCCGUCGACGAAAGAAGAAUUUGAUGUUGCGCUGAUAUUCAUGACUCUUGUCGUCUUCGCAGGAUCAACAGCUUCAUCCAAGGAAUUCUUUUAAGCUGGCGCCUGCAUGGGGCGCAUUCCUUUGGGAUGUUGAUCGAUCUGUCUCAGCCGAGUUUUCAAACAAUUGUGCUCUUUUAAACUCGCUAAUUGUAAGCAUACGUAAAGUCCUUCCGUACUGGUAAUAUGAGCUAGUUUUGAAUUACAUCAGGAAAAGCGGAUGGACUGGAAGACAGCGGCAUUUGAAGUAUGCAUUGGAAAGGCGAAAUGAACCGCAGACAGACAACCUUAAGUGUUCGUGGUUUUCCUGUUUAGUGUUUGGGUUGUCAUUACCAAGCCUAAUUCAGUUCUUGAGCUUGAGGAGAACGGGUCAUCUGAUAGCAGUUUAUCGUUCUCUGAACACCCGAACAUGGUUUGCACUUUACAAGGAUUUGACUCAUUUGAAGCCGCUCCCUCAUUGGAGUCUUUUGUGAAGGCUUUAUCAACGGAAUGGGACCGAGAUCUCACUUUCAGUGGCUUGGCAAUAGUUUCAAAACUGGCCAAUGCUUGUCAAUCACUAGUUGAUGUGGGGAAGGCUCGGAGUUCAAGUCAACAAAAUUGUACUUAUCGCGAUAAAGGAGGAUUUUGCCACAACAUGUUCGUUGUGCGAGCUAAUAGUAAAAGUGCAGCACACUGGAUACUCUAUGAUGAUAUUUUCUUCCAAUCCAUGGCUGCUCGAGAGAAAUUGUAGCGUAAAAACGGCGGAUAAGCUACUAAUUCCUGUUGUCUAUGGCGACCAUUGUCAAAAUUCGACACGCUUUAACGAAAAGAUUGAAAUGUAUUCUAUAUUUUCAGCUGCAGACCAAACAGAUGUUCAUGUGAGAGUUUCAGAAGUCUCACAUGAUCUCAAAACGAUGGCAAAGUAUUUGGAGAAACUUUACUUUUGGUUUCUCUUGGGUCCAAUUAUCACAUUGGAAUGGCUCCGACGAAAAAGAAAGCUCUGUUGGGCGACAACGGCGCUAGUUGACGAGGAGUCUGGUAACGAAGAAAUAGUUGAGGAGAGUCGAAGACAUUAUCUCCAACUCGGGACAAAUGCGUAUAUUGAAGGUGAAUUGCGACCCCUAAACUGCGCUACGAGUAACACUCGAACUGAUUGUGAAUUGACAAUAGGUGACAACAUGCGUACUUUAAGAAUUACAGUGCAAAGUUUAAAGAGGGUCUUUCGAAGAAUUAUUUGCCACCUACCAGUUGGUCUUGGUUAUGUGGUUCUCACUCUGGUAGCGCUCCCUGUAGGUAUAUCAAGUGGGGGAUUAUCUUUUUUUCGAUUUGAUGAGAAUGAAGAAAAGCGCCAAAAUAAUUUCUGGGAUGUUCUUCUCCCAGGAAAGUCAGCGCCUCUGAUAUCGUACUUUGUCACUGUAUAUUGGCCAGUCGUUCAAAUCUUUAGUUUUCUCAUGUUCAGUAGGUUCGCUUGCAAGAGAAGCUGGACUGUUUCAACGAACCUUUCAAAGGUUAUCAGAAGUGAUUGGUUUUCAUCCAACAUGUAUUUGCUUGUUCUUUGCGUGAUCAUACCGUAUUGUACGUAUGGGUCCAAAAAACAAAUAUGGAAUAAUUCACACGUUGAUUGGCAGUUUUUCUAUUUUACAGUGUGCAAUGUUAUGUGCACGGUUUCUAAUUUUCUUUUUAUAAUCAUCCUCAACAAACACAAAGUUGUCACAAGGUAUGUGUUCUACAUCAGUGUGUGUAUGAUCUGUGCCUAUGUUGAAAGUGACAUAGUAGCUGUGUUUUAUUUCAUCCUCAAUUCUCAAGGCUCCCUAAACAACUUAAAAUUCACUGUUCUUCGCACUGGAGCACUUGGCCUCACUUUGACUCUGAGUUUCAGUUCUUCAAUGCACAUAAUCCGCAAACUUAUGAAGCCACAGGAGUCUGUAUUCGAGGGACUGUCAGAGAAGUGAGUCACGGUUUUUCAUUGGGAUUAGGUAAGCAGAAUCUCUUGCCAUCCUUCAGUACCAGUUUUCAAAUAACCUACGUGACAAAGCUUAACGUGAGCUAGAGCAAAAAUUCCAUUGUUCUUUCCAGAAAAUAGAACUUUGCCGAAACUGAGUCGUGUUAUUGAGCAGUGUUAUGCCACUUUUGUACAGCCUCGUCAAGAAAAGAGCAUCGAAAUUCUUUGAGUAGCUGUUAACAGCUGUAAUUUAGAACA